AGUGCCGUACACUCCAGCAGCCAGCCUGAACCGUCCCUCUCCCUCUUUGGUUCGCACUACCUGUCCAGUGCACAAACCAAUGCAAAGCAGGCAUUUUCACCCCACAAGGACACCGCUUCGAGCCAAAACCACGAGAUCCAAGAUGUUGAACGAACGCAGUCCCAGUUUGCAAAGCUCACUCCUGGAAUUCCUCUUCCAGGAGGUAACAGGCUGCUGCCUUUAAACACACACACACACACACACACACACACUCAAAAACCCCAAACCUUGCGCGAAAGAAGUACAAAAAAAAGAGAAAUGGAUGGCCUUUUCCUGGCGAUGUGGAAUGUACCUGCACCGCUGAAUAACUCUGCAAUGCAACUUCUUACAGCGUUCUGGUUUGUUCAUAUUCUACAGAUUUUGCACUUCUGCUGCGCGUCUCCUGAAAACCCGGGGUCUCCACAAAACCCUGAGAACACUGGAAUAAGCGAUGACUAUAUCUUGGUGACACCUGUUAAAGUUGAUCUGGGUGGAGGUUCUGUGCAGAGUUUCAGAGACAAACGCUCAGCGCCUGUGGAUUCCCUACAUUACAAACUCUCCUUCUCUGACCAGGAGCUGCACCUCGACUUAAGAGCCUCGAACCUCCUGGCGAAAGGUUUCACCGUGCACCUGCUGGGCCCCGAGGGUCUCACCGAGCAACUCCUCCCGGAGUCUCAAGCGAACUGCUUCUACCAGGGACACAUCAGGAACGACAGUGCUUCGUCGGUGGCCGUGUCUGCAUGCCAGGGCUUGUCAGGUUUAAUACGGAGCCAAGAAAAUGAAUACCUUAUAACUCCAUUACCUCAUCACCUGGCACUGAGACGCAACGACACCUCCUCUGCUGGUAAUCGACCUCAUGCACUCUUCAAGCGAUCGGUGGAGCACAGAAUGCAACAAUGGCCAGUGAGUAGCAGACAUCACCGCCAGCACCAUCUCCGCUCUUAUCCCCAACUACAAAAGCAUCAGCAGCACAAGAGAGAUCAGAAGCAACACUACUGUGGGCGACGAAAGAAAUAUAUGCCUCAACCUCCAGUCGAAGAUAUCCAUCUCUUGUCUGAUGAAUACAGCUCCAGAGGCAGACUGAAACGCACAGCCCUCGAUUCCCAGAAAUCCGGGGGGCUCACUGUUGAAACGCUGGUGGUGGCAGACAGGAAGAUGCUAGAGAAGCAUGGCAGAGACAAUAUCACAACCUAUAUCCUCACUGUUAUGAACAUGGUAUCCAGUAUUUUCAAAGAUGGCACCAUCGGAAGUGACAUAAAGAUUGUGGUGGUGAGCCUGUUACUUCUGGAGCAGGAUCCACCUGGGUUAGUGAUCAAUCACCAUGCAGACCAAUCAUUGAAUAGCUUCUGUCAAUGGCAGUCUGGCCUGAUGGAAAAGAAUGGAAAGCGGCACGAUCAUGCGGUAUUACUGACUGGACUGGACAUUUGCUCCUGGAAGAAUGAACCCUGUGAUACAUUGGGUUUUGCUCCAAUUAGUGGAAUGUGCAGCAAGUACCGAAGCUGUACCAUCAAUGAGGACACAGGCCUUGGCCUGGCUUUUACCAUUGCUCAUGAAUCUGGACAUAAUUUUGGCAUGAUUCAUGAUGGAGAAGGGAACCCGUGUCGGAAGACAGAAGGUAAUAUCAUGUCACCAACCCUGGCUGGGAACAAUGGCAUAUUCUCAUGGUCGGCAUGUAGUAGACAGUAUCUCAGCAGAUUCCUCAGUACGGCUCAGGCCUCCUGUCUGAUUGAUGAACCAAAUCAACUGCAUGAGUACCAGUACCCCAAAGGCCUGCCAGGGGAGCUAUAUGAUGCUGACACCCAGUGCAAGUGGCAGUUCGGAACGAAAGCCAAGCUGUGCUCCCUCGACUUUGUGAAGGAUAUUUGCAAAGCCCUUUGGUGCCAUAAGAGUGGGCACAGAUGUGAAACGAAGUUUAUGCCAGCUGCAGAGGGUACAGUUUGUGGACCCAACAAGUGGUGUCGGCGAGGUCAGUGCUUGAAGUACGGAGACGAAGGCCCCAAGCCUAUUAACGGUCAGUGGUCCAACUGGUCAGAGUGGUCAGAAUGCUCCCGGACCUGCGAUGGUGGGGUUAACUACAGGGAGAGACACUGCAACAGCCCAAAGCCUCAGUACGGGGGAAAGUUCUGCCAUGGCUCCAGCCGGCUCUAUCAGAUGUGCAACGUACAGGCCUGUCAACACAACGGCAUCCUGUUUCGAGACCAGCAAUGUGCUGAGUACAACAGCAAGCCCUUCAGGGGCUGGUACUACAAGUGGAAGCCCUACACAAAGGUCAAUGAUGAAGAUAUUUGCAAGUUGUAUUGCAUAGCUGAAGAUUUUGACUUCUUCUUUGCCAUGUCUAACAAAGUGAAAGAUGGAACUCGCUGUGUAGAGAGCAAAUUCGAUGUGUGCAUUGAUGGCAUUUGUGAGGCAGUGGGAUGUGACCAUGUUCUGGGCUCAAAGGCUGUUGUGGAUGCUUGUGGAGUAUGCAACGGAAAUAAUUCAACCUGCAAGUUCUUCAGAGGACAGUACCAUCAACAGCACCGGGCAAAUGAGUACUACCUUGUUGUCGCGGUACCAGCUGGGGCUCGGAGCAUUCAUGUGCAGGAGCUAGAGAUCUCAACAAGCUAUUUGGCGGUGCGCAGCCUGCAGGACAAAUACCAUCUAACAGGGGACUGGACAGUCGACUGGCCAGGGCAGUUCAACUUUGGGGGAGCUGUGUUCCGCUACCAGCGGUCGUUCAACACACCAGAGAGCCUGUACUCGGCAGGCCCGACUAAUGAGACACUCGCCUUUGAAAUCCUUUUACAAGGCAAAAAUCCAGGUAUUGCCUGGGAGUACACAUUGCCAAUUGCUGCUAAUGAAAGCAAGACCACUGUUCGGAAACACAACUACACCUGGGUGGUCAUGCGAUCAGGUUGCUCGGCAUCAUGUGCAGGAGGAAAAAUGGUGUCCACUGCAUAUUGUCUCCAGGACCACUUAAUUCAAGUCAACUCCACCUUGUGCCACGCACAGACAAGACCAGUCACAGGAUCAAUCACCUGCAAUACCCAGCCAUGCCCUGCGAGUUGGUCAGCCGGCAAGUGGAAUGAAUGCAGCAGGUCUUGUGGAGGAGGGAAGCAGACGCGACAGAUCCAGUGUUUCCGUAAGGUCGCUUUCCAACGGGACGAAGCAGUCCCAAACUCCAUGUGUCCCCCGGGGACACCUGCCCAGGUACAACCCUGCAACAUCCACGACUGCCCGGCUGAGUGGAGUACGGGAGCAUGGACACAGUGUUCCAAGACAUGUGGCAGAGGGAUGAGGAAACGCAUCAUCUACUGUAGAAGCACAACCCCCACGUCAAAGCCUCAUGCUGUACCAGAGAGCCUGUGCAAUCAGGAAGUGAAGCCGAAGAGUCAGGAGAUCUGUGUGCUCCGACGCUGCCCAAAGAAUGACAGACUGCGAUGGAUCACCUCACCUUGGACCAAGUGCUCAGUAUCCUGUGGCCUUGGCCUACAAAAGCGAGAGCUGAGGUGCAGUGAGAAAAUCCAGUCAGGAAAACACGUCGAGUUUCCUCAGAGACGAUGUCGUCACUUGCCCAAAGCCAAUGUCGAGCUUGAGCGUGCAUGUAACCUAGGAGACUGCCCAAAACGUUCCAUGGAUCAAAUACCCAACCAUGCUGGGUCAGCUUGGUAUGCAUCACCAUGGCAACAGUGCACAGUAACGUGCGGGGGAGGAGUGCAGAUGCGUACAGCGCAUUGCCUGAGGCAAGGCCGGCCUGCAGUGGGAUGUCUAGCACAUCAGAAACCAGCAGUGUCAAGAGCUUGUAAUACCAGUUUCUGUCCAUCUCCCAGGAAAGAUCUCAAGUGCGUUGACUUCUUCAGCUGGUGUCACCUGGUCCCACAACAUGGCGUCUGCGGUCACAGGUUCUACGGCAAACAGUGCUGUAAAUCCUGCAGCAAAACCAAUCGAUAGCAAUCGCUGCGGAAGCUGCCACUCUCUGAUUUCAGCCUUUGUCCUCAACCGCACCCACUCCCUCCCCUCCCGGACCCCUUAACAUCUCUUCUCCCUCCUCCACAUGUCGGCAUUAUUUAUUCGUCUCAGUCAAGACAUGCCGACCAACAUGCAUUGAUCGGGUCCAGCGAAUGGACAGAUGCUGCACUCUGUGCCCUCGAUAGAGGGGUGUCUGGCUGCUAGUCUGGGCAGUAGACUCGGUAGGACGGAGUCAUGGACAAGGUGCACAUGGCUUGAAGGACUCAUGAUUAGGAGAUGACUAGGUAAUCAUCUGGUGCUACACAGACUUUGAAAUAUUGCGGUGUUCACCAUCCAAAUCAACUUCACUCGAUGGGAGUUUUUUUUUUUACAUUUUAGUUUGAGGGCCCAGCUGGACAAAUUGAAUCAUCUUCAGAGCUGAGUAUCUGGUGAUUACCUGGGAACAUAAUAUAUAUUAUACAUAUAAAUAUUAAAAAUGUGCAUUACCUUUUUUAACAGAAGUAUUUAGAUUUUUUUUUCAUGGACUGCCAUUGUAUGUGCAUAUAAAACAAACCCUAAGGCAAGAGCCAGUGGACUGGAGAAGCUUGAUGAGAAAGAGUUACAAGACAAUGCACUUAUUGAUGGAAGGAACGUGGCUGUUUUCAUUGACAUAACAGCGGUAAUAUUAAGUCUUCAUGGUGCUAACCCCCAACAGGGAUCUCAGCUGGCCAGUCAAACUGUUACAAGCAACAUUACAAGCCUUGAUUUCCUAUAAUGUCGUAUCAGCCUCAUACUGCAAAUGUCUGUUUUGUUAAGAUGGGCAGAACACACUUGUCAGAUUGUCAGGGAUGAAGGGAAUGCAAGAAGAAAAGAAAAUAAUGAAAUAACCAAAGGAUACAAGUGCAGUUCUGCUGAUUUUCAUUUCAUGUUGACAGUGUCAUUGUUGCAUUUGUUUUUGGAAUUGGAUAGCACAGAUGAAAGCCAUUCAGCCCAUCAUAUCUGUUUUGGAUCAGUGAAAAAUGAUUUCACACCCCAUUAACGUGCCACAUUGGGUACAAUGAAUAAGUAUUUGGAGAUUAUGCACUUAACAUCUCUUAGAUGCCAAACCACAAAUGGAAAUUUAAAUGUGUGAAUGAGCUCGUGUAACAUUGGUGAAGCACACCCAGUUGCUGUCAUAUGGAUCGAGACUUCUUGUCCACUUUGUCUUCCAACUGAGAUUGAUGUGGAACACCCCAUGCUAACUCAGCAAGGGCUCAGGACUUCAACUGAUCCUGAGGGAUAUGACACGUUCCACAGAGAGAAACUUGACAAAGACUCUUGCCUGUCCAACUGUCAUUCAAAACAGUAUCAAAUGACUUCUGCCGGUUUUCUCAAAACACAGUGACUCCAAACUCAUGCACACACAACCAUCCAGUAAAACAUCAUGAAUAAGAAUUACAACAUUUAGAGGCAUGCGGAUGGGUAUAUGAAUAGGAAGGGUUUAGAAGGAUACAGGCCAAAUGCUGGCAAAUGGGGCUAAACUAAUUUAGGAUAUCUGGUCAGCAUGGACAUGUUGGUCCAAAGGAUCUGUUUUGAUGCUGUAAAACUCAAUGUCUCCAUUUUUUUCCCAAUGUUAAAGGACUCUCUACGAUUUCCAGGAUUCAGAUAUGGUCCUAGAGGUUUCAUCAGAAGACCUCCUGCCUCAACUGCCAGGGAUGGGAUUGGGAAUAAAUGUUGUCCCAACUGGUGAUGUCCUUAUCUUAUGAACACACGUCAAAAUAAAGCCUGCUCUCAUCCCUGAUUGGCGACCCAGUAUAUUCAGCCUCAAAAUACAUGACCUUCUCACAGCCAACUGAAAAUUAGAGACCCAUUAUCACCCAAAUUAUUAUCUACCCUUUCUUCCAUCUCUAUUUUGAUCACAAAAUAGAAAGUAUUCAAAGAAAUAUUGAAAAGCUUUCAAUGUUGCAGUACUGAUUCUCCCUGAUUAUCUCAAAGCUGUCUCAGAAGUUAAUUGUCAGUGACUGGCCAUGUUGGCCUAACAUUGGUGACCACUGGAUUAAUCCAAUGACACUAAAGGACAGGGAGAUGAAUUUAUUGUUGUGGAGUAGGCCAGGAAAUGGGUGGAAUUUCCUGCUGUCUUGUUCAGACCAGUUUUCUUCAAUAAAAUUACCUACAGAGAGAGUGCCAUCUCCUUGAUCCAUUAGUGUGUGGCAGGCAUUGACACUUGGUACUGGAGCAUUUGAAAUGGUUUGAGAGCAUAAAAGGUGAUAGUAUAUAUCAUUUUCCCUUCUCCUAGCUAUCACAUUUGUAUUGGAAUUUCCAACAAGAAAUUAAAACAAGGCCUUGUGCACAAGCUUUCUCCUAACCAUUGACCUGCUGUUAUUCCUUUCCGCUCAUGCCUUGGUAGCUUUCCAUUAAACGUAUCUAUCUACUUGGCUCAACUAUUAUAUUCUCACCAGUCUCUGGAUGAUAAUAUUUCUCCUGUAUUCCAGAUUGGAUUUAUUGCUUUCUAUUUUAUGAUCCCUCCUAAGUGGAAACAUUUUCUCAACAUCCACUCUGUCAAGCAUUAACAUAGUUUUAAAAGCCACAAUUCAAUUACGAACCCCAUUCCCGCCCCACCUCCACCCAAUUAGCCCCCACCACUCUUCUCUAGAUCUCCAGCUUGUUCACUUAAUUCCCUUGACAAUGACUGUUGUUCCAUUCAGAUCUAUUUAAAACACACAUCCAGGGGCUACAAAGCUGUGCAUCAUCACAAUUACAACCCCCAAUGGAUACGGACAGACUGCUUUGACUCGUCCUCAUUGAGAAGUCACUCCAGACUGGAGUCAUUAACUCUGUCUCCACUCCACAGAUGCUGCCUGAUCUGCUGAGUUUCCCCAGUGCCUUCUCAUUUUAUUUCAGAUCUCUGGCAUCCAGUAUUUCGCUUUUAACUGGUCUUCAUCCAAGUGCGUUUUCUUAGAAAACGGCAGCAUGAGACACAAAUGCCUUAAUUCCAUUUAUUCUUCCAAAUGUAUUGGACCUUAAAGCAGGAUUAAAUUCCUGUUGUGCUAAAUCUGGACAGGAUCAAUCUUUUUGACAUUGGGGGCUGUUAUUUUUAAUCUCACCAAGGUUAUAAUUGAGCAUUGGAUUGAAACUAGUUCAGUUUACUUCUGCCCGUCAUUCCCCUGACAGUAAUGUAUGUAUUUUACAUCUGAUUGUCUGGUUACAAGGUUAAAAAUUACCUUUCUAAACAAAAUAAUUUGUUUAUUGUUAACCCCUUUGUACAUUCUUUUUAAUUUAUUAAUAAAUUCAUGUAGUGAAUUUCUCUAUGUUUAAGCCAAGCAGGAACACAAAAUUAUUGUAUUGAUUGCAAUAUGUUGC